AGCAGAGGCAGAAGCAAAAGACAAAGCUGCAAGAGCUCAAGUACUUCUUGGCUCCCGGAGGCAGCGAUGGCAUUAGAGACAAUUCCCAAGGAUUUGCGACAUCUGCGAGCUUGUCUUCUUUGUUCUUUGGUCAAGACUAUAAACCAAUUUGAGUAUGAUGGCUGUGACAAUUGUGACUCAUACCUACAGAUGAAAGGUAACCUAGAGAUGGUAUAUGACUGCACAAGUUCUUCUUUUGAUGGGAUCAUUGCGAUGAUGAGUCCAAAAAACAGCUGGGUCUCUAAAUGGCAGCAAGUUAGUACCUUCAAGCCUGGAGUUUAUGCAAUGUCUGUCACUGGCUGUCUGCCUCCAGGAAUUGUUCGGGAGCUGAAGAGCCAAGGCGUGGUUUACAAAUCCAGAGACACAGCAAUAAAGACCUAGUGAGCCCAAGGACGUCCAACCCUCUUUGCUUGAAAACCUAUUGGGCUGAGAGUUUUUUUUUUUUUGUUUUUUUUUUUGUUUUUGUUUUUGUUUUUUGGUUUUUGGUUUUUGGUUUUUUGGCCUGGAGAACUGAAAGAAUACUACUCAUUGUCCUGCCUACUCUCCAUUCUUCAGCAUUUGAGGGAUGCCAAGAGCAAUAAUAUGGCUGAUUUCAAGAACAUUGGAUUUUGGGUUGUUGAAAGGGGGUUGGAUUCAUAAGAUUUUGGAAAUGUCUAGGCAGGGUAUACUAUUUAUUUAAGACACUCCUCCAAAGGG